UGCCAGAUGUUGCUUUUGCGUGAAAAUCGCGUCGCGUCGCAAUAUUAUUACAAUUAACAUAAAAAGUAAAUAAAAGCUUUGAAAAAAUCCACCUAAAAUAUUGUUAAAAAGUUUCAAGUACAUCGGACCCGGGGGAAAGUGUGUAAAAGCCAAUAAGAAAAUGUUUGCAACGCGAGCAAGCAAAAUAUAAGAAAAAAAAAUUAAAAGUGAAUUGAAUCACAUACACGGAAGAAACAAAGGCGAAAUAAAACGCAACGACAUCCAGGGACAACAACAACGACAAAAAGAAAAUCAUGGUUUUGGCAUAGAGAGACAUUGUGGUUAAUAACGGAUGCAGUUCGUGUAUGCGUCUUGCGCUGCAAUGCAAUACAUAUAUGGAAAUGUCAAAGGCGAUUUGCAAAUGUUUUGCUGCAUAACAACAAUAAGAGUAGCUACAAUAAUAGCAACAUCUAAAACAACAGUAGCAACAAGAGAAAUAAAGCUAGCAGGUGCAUAAACAAGAACGCUGAACUAGUUCGAUCUAAUUGGAAAUGGACUGUUAGUUAACAGUGCACUGUUGAUGAGCAGACUACAAUUUGCAUUAACAGCUGUAAUUGCAUUAUUUGCACAGCUGUUUGGCCUCAAACACAAACACGGACAUAACUAAAUGCGCAUGUGUGUGUCUAUGUGUGCAUGUGUAUACAUCAAAUUACAUAAAAUUCAUCAAAUUUGUAGCAUUGUGCGUGUGUGCGUGUAAUAAAAUUAAUAAUAACAACGACAACAACACCACCACCACCAAUGUGACUUGAGGGCAGAUGAUCUGAACUGCUUCGCUCAAAGCGACCAGCAAUGCCGAAGUGCAAUAUACGCAGUAACUGCCUAAGUACAAGAGCAAGAAAAAAAAAAACAAAUAAUAAAUAAGUAAUAAGUUAACAGCGUAGCGUGCUUAACUUAAGCCGCAACAAAUAUACACAAAAUAACAAGAACAACACCAGCAGCAACAACAACAACAACGACCAGAGAAUAACACAAGCAACAACAGCAGUCAUUCACAGCGGGCAGAAAGGCGGACGGACGCGCAGAUAGGCAGGCAGUCAAUCAAUCAAUCAAUCAAUCAAUCAGCCAACCAGCCAGCCAGCGUAGAAGAGAACCAAUAGCAAAAGUAUUGGACAGGACAGAGCGAGGAGUGGAUAGAGCAUAAAAGGUCAAAAGGGAAAGGAAACGAGAAAAAGAAAGCGAAGCAAAGCAAAGCCAAUCGAAGCCAUGGACUCGGAUAACGAUAACGAUUUCAUGGACAACGUUGACUCCGGCAACGUAUCGUCCGGCGAUGAUGGUGACGAUGAUUUCGCCAUGGAGGUGGAUAUGCCAAGCACAACGGAACGAACACAGGAAACCGAUGACUAUCAGUACAAGGUGCUAACCACAGAUGAAAUAGUUCAGCAUCAGCGCGAGAUAAUCGAUGAGGUUAAUCGUGUGCUAAAGCUAUACACGCCCAAAACACGAAUACUGCUGAAUCACUUCAAGUGGGACAAGGAGAAGCUGCUGGAGAAGUACUUCGAUGGCAGCGAUGAUAAUACGGAAGAGUUCUUUAAAAGCGCUCACGUCAUAAAUCCAUUUAAUAAGCCAACCGAGGCGGUGCAGCUAAAGACGACACGGAGCCAGUGUGAAGAGUGCGAGAUUUGCUUCUCAGUGUUGCCGCCAGAUGCCAUGACUGGAUUGGAGUGCGGUCAUCGUUUUUGCCUGAAUUGCUGGCGCGAGUAUCUGACAACGAAAAUCGUUACAGAGUGCCUCGGGCAGACCAUAUCGUGUGCGGCGCACGGCUGUGAUAUAUUGGUUGAUGAUGUGACCGUUACCAAGUUGGUGCAAGAUUUGCGGGUUAAGGUUAAAUACCAGCAGCUGAUCACCAAUAGCUUUGUGGAAUGCAAUCAGCUGUUGCGCUGGUGUCCGUCCGUCGAUUGCACGUAUGCGGUUAAAGUGCCGUAUGCGGAAUCGCGUCGCGUCCACUGCAAAUGCGGCCAUGUAUUUUGUUUUGCCUGCGGCGAGAACUGGCACGAUCCGGUGCAGUGCCGCUGGCUAAAGAAAUGGAUCAAGAAGUGUGACGAUGAUUCGGAGACGUCCAAUUGGAUUGCGGCCAAUACCAAAGAGUGUCCCAGAUGCAGUGUGACCAUCGAGAAGGAUGGCGGCUGCAAUCACAUGGUAUGCAAGAAUCAAAACUGCAAGCAUGAUUUCUGUUGGGUGUGCCUCGGCUCCUGGGAGCCGCACGGCUCAUCCUGGUAUAAUUGCAAUCGCUACGACGAGGACGAGGCGAAGGCUGCUCGCGAUGCACAGGAGAAACUUCGCUCCUCUCUGGCCCGAUAUCUACAUUAUUACAAUCGCUACAUGAAUCACAUGCAGUCCAUGAAGUUUGAGAACAAAUUGUAUGCCUCUGUCAAACAGAAAAUGGAGGAGAUGCAACAGCACAACAUGUCCUGGAUCGAGGUGCAAUUCCUGAAAAAGGCUGUCGAUAUACUCUGCCAAUGUCGCCAGACUCUUAUGUACACAUACGUCUUUGCGUAUUACUUGAAAAAGAACAAUCAAUCCAUGAUAUUCGAGGAUAAUCAGAAGGAUCUGGAGUCGGCAACAGAAAAGCUAUCCGAGUACUUGGAACGUGAUAUUACAUCCGAGAAUCUGGCUGAUAUUAAACAGAAAGUCCAGGAUAAAUAUAGAUAUUGUGAGAAGAGAUGCACAGUACUGCUCAAUCAUGUGCACGAAGGCUAUGAAAAGGAUUGGUGGGAUUAUACAGAAUGACGCGAGUCCUGGCUGGAUAACUAAGGUGAUGCGAAAUCGUGUGUGUAACUAGCAAUUUGGCGUUUAGCAGCAGCAACUAGCGGCUAGCAGUAAGCAGUAAGCAGUAAGCAUUAACUGCUAGCAACAAAAUGUAAACAGAGUAAAUCUAACAAUAAUAAAUAUUGUAACAACAACUACAACAACAAUAAUAAUAAUAACAACAACAAGAAAAACAACAACAACAACAACUACACAUAGAGGCACCAGAAUAUUGGAGGGAGGCGUACAAGGAGCAAAUUGAGUUGAUAAACACCGUUGCAACAAUCGAGAAUAACGUAAAGUAAAUACCGUCAAAUAAACCCGUAAUGCAGUUGCGCAAGUUGUGGCAAAACAAGAUAAUACAGAAUAAGUGAAGUUAUAUUAAACUAUACUAUAUGAAAUAUAUAUAUAUAUAUGCAUA